AAUUAAGUAUAAUCCCAAAAAAUAUAUAUUUGCGAAGAAAAUGGCAACAUCACUGCAGAAAAUUGAAAAAUUUCUCGACCAAGGACCAUAGAGAAGAUUUAGAGAACUCUAUGAUGUUUUGAUUUUUAUUCCCGCCGACCAUUGACGGUUGCUUUUGGCAAAUGGCACGUGCAAUUUUUUCACGCAACGCAAAAUAGAACAUUUUCGAUACCUACUUCAGUCAAGCACUGAUGCUUAUUGUCGAAAUUUAUCUAUUCGAUAAUUAGCAUUGUAAACCAAUGUCGCCCUCUCCGAUUCGAUGUCGCGGCCCUUGGAAAAUUCAAAAACGCUCGUCUGAGCCUGACCGUUGGCUUGACGAUAUGGAUUUCUAUCGAAAACACACAGCUAGAGACUCUAGUUGUCUAUUUAGAGCAGUUUCUGAAAACAUUUUUAACACCCAACAUUAUUAUCAAAAAGUUAGGCUACAAUGUAUCGAGUUUAUGUCCUCUAAUCGGCACCUAUUUGAAGGGUCAUUAAGUUGUUCUUUUGAGAAUUACCUUAAAGAAAUGUCCAAUGCAUCUGCAUGGGGUGGUAUUGUUGAGUUAUCAGCUAUGAGUCAUUUGUAUAGACGAGAUUUUACCAUUCUUGAAGCAAAUAAAGGCCCGCAAACUAACAUCUGUAAUGGUUAUGGCAAAACCAUAUAUCUUUUUUAUUCUCCUGACACUAAACAUUUUGAUGCUCUUUAUAGAAAAGAAUUUAUAAAUAAUUCUGCAUUCUGCCAAUCUUUAAUAUAUGAGCUCCUGUAUGACCGAGUCUAUCACUUGGAGGACCUCUACUAUGCUGUUGAUAAAAUGCUUCAUGAGAAAGUUACAACUAAUCACAUUGAAUACAUGAUGCCAGAUGUGGAACACAAAAAACAAAAAGAAAGAGCCAAAAUUUUUAUCGAAGAAACAAAUGCCAAAGAUAACAAUAGUAAUGCAUUAUCUCUAAAAUGCAAACAUCACACUAAUGAUAUUGAGAAAGCUUCCUUACUAAAGGAGUCUCUGAGCAUUUUUGUGUUCAAUAGAAGCCUUAUACAGCUUGAGAAUGUUUGUUUGAACUGUUUAAAUGUCAACAGUGCUAAAGUGCUUCUUGAUAAUGGUAUAACACCAUUUCCAUAUAAAGUAGCUAAAGCUUUGGACCCAGAUAUAUAUCGAAACAUUGAGUUUGAUGUGUGGAGUGAACUAAGAAGAGAGUUGCGUUUUGGUGCUAGAUAUUCAGAUGGGACGACAUUGCAAGUAGGUGUUAAAUGCUUGUGUAAAUUGGAAGUAGACCAGGAUGUUCCCUAUCAUUGUCAUAUACAAGAAAUGGGGCAAGAUGGUGGUCCAUGUCUUGUAUUUAUUGAAGAGUUAGGAGAAAAGAGAUUGGUGAAUUAUGAACAGUUAGAACCGCUUCCAAUGGAUGAGAUUAAGCCUUGGGCACCCCCAUAUAGAUAUUCUCGAGCAAACUCGCAGCUUCUCAAUCUGAGUCAAAUGCUACAGCAAAUAGGCACUGUCAUACGAAAACAAGGUAUCAAAUCAAGCAAGAAAUCGAGAAAUGAUGAUACAAGAAUGUCUGAAAAAGAAACAAAGUUAGAUUGGACUGAAGAAAAAGCUGAAAUUACAUAUGAAGCUUAUAAUUAUCCUCCUUAUCAACAUUCGGAUAUCUGUAACUUCCAACCAAUGCCAGUUGAAAUUGAAACGGUUCCCCUAAUGGUGGACAUUCGGGCGGCGGGUGCUCCGCCACAGGAGGCCAAUGGUUCAUCACCAGACAUCCACAAUCAGGCAGGAGGCGCAGGUGAUAUGGGAAACCAGGCGACGCCAACGCCUGUGUCUGUGCGAGCUUCCACGCCUGCAACCACUAACUCACUAACCACUUAUUCUGGUGUGAACCCGGGUUCAGGCCCACCAUUGGGGACUACGAUGCCAGCAAACGUGCCGUACAACUGUGGACAAUAUAUGUGCGGUAUGAAGUCGGUCGUCUGGUGCUCGCCCCAUUCGCCCCCCCAACCGUUGGCCCCCGGAAUGCCGAUGGGUGGCAUGGGUAUAAACGUGCCCCACCCGCCUCCGCCGUUGCCCCCUGGAGUGAACCCCCAUGUCUUCAAGAGCGUGCAAGCCAAUGGUUCUGAUCUGCCUAUGAAUGACAUAGCAACACUGCGGUACUUCUUCAACCUGGGCGUGGAGUGCAUGUGGGCAGCUUACGGGCCUCCCUUGCCGCCGCCCCCGCAUCCCCCGCACCCCAUGCACCCUCCGCCGAGGCACUACUCGCCUUCUACUCUCGCUCAGGACAUGCAACAGUUGGCAGUGCAAGACCGUCCUCCCCAUGGUGACCCCAAUCAUAACAAGCAUAAACAAGACAAGAACACCAACAUUCAGGGCAAGGGCAAUAAUGCCCAGAGACCCCUCUUGGGACCAAGAUUCAAACGUGGUAACAACCAAGAUAAUAACCAAAGCCACAACCAAAACAAGGGACACAAUAACCAGGGACACAUGAAUAACAAGGGACAGAACAACCGCCGUAACUCAUACGUGGAAACCCGUGGGGGUUUCGUCGGCGAAGAAGUUGGUGGUGCCGAGGCCCCACUGCUGGCUUUCCCCUACGCCCCAUACCCACCGCCGAUUUACCCCGUGCCCUACUACCACAUUGACGAUCCCAGCAUGAUGGGUAUGAUGGGCGGAAUGGGUGGCAUGGGCUACGUGUAUGAGGAGGGCAUGGAGUUCAGCGUCCAGCCCAUGUACGGGGCUCCACCGCCCUACCCCCAGAUGCAUCCCGCCGCACCCCCACCCGUGCACGAACACAAGUAGACGCCACAGUAUAAAUGCAGACAGUAACUCCAUUAAUAACGCCCCAUUACGACCGGUUAACCGAUAUUGCUAUGUGGAUUGUUAUUAGAGUUGUAUUAAUCGUAUUUUGAUGUUUGAUGUCUUAAAUGUCUAAAAUAUUACCUGUAUUGGAUAUUGUAGUAAUGUAACAAUUUUAGCAGGCUAAGUUGUAACACAAAUGACCUUGGUAGAACUCCUGUUUAUUUACACGGGUGCCCAGAUAUACAAAAUUAUUGCCUAGCCUUUAUACAUAGAUGUGUGAUGGAAGUACCCUCAAUACUGAAAAUAGGAAAUUUUCAUUUCCAGAUUAUUUAAAUAUUAGAUCUUAUAUGACACCUUUUUAGAAAGAAAUUUCAAAUAAAUAUAGACUUUAGCUCUAGCCGAGCCAAUUACAAAGCACCACUGAUGAUUGGCGUUUGUAUAUUUGGGUGAAUUUCCUUUCGAUGUGUACUUUUAAGAAUUAGCAUUAACUGGCGUUUAAUUGAGUUACUGUUCUGUGUGUAGCUACAUAAGCGACUGAAUUUGACAAUACAAGACCAUUUUUUCAAAAUCCAAACGUCACAAUUGUGUGACAACCUACAAAAUGCUCAAUUACAAGACUAGUUCGAUUGUCGGGGCUACUUGUACUAAUUAAAAAUUUAUAGGCAAACAAUUAAAAGCAUAUUAGAACAUUUUUUCCAAAUUUGUUAAAAAACGUCCGUUAUUUAUGGUAAUUCAUAUUGCGUCUUGUGGAUUACGCUGUGUAUAAUCUGUCCUAUUCGAUUCCCGGGGAAAUAAUAAAACCUACCAGAGACAGAAAAAACGGUCGAACGAGCUUAAAAACUUAAAAUAUCAUUUCCAUUGAAAUGUGCUUUUAAUUGUUUGCAUUUAAUUGCCAUGUACAUAUCGGACCCUUGGCUAUAAAUUUUAUAAUUUUUUUAUAUACAACUCGUUAGUAAUUAACUAAAUUUCAAAUUCUUAUACUCACUUUUGGAUCGGAUUUUAUAAAAAAAAUCUUGUAAAUUGAGUUCCCGCUUUACAACGAUUGUCCAUCGAAGAUUUGUCGUGUUUGAAUUUUGUAUUUUUUUUUAUUCGGACACAAAUUUAAUAUAAAUUCUCGUAAAUUUAAUAAAACAAUAGGAAUUAAUUAAUUCCAGCAUUUAUUUAGGCAGGAAGGGAACUUUCUAUACAAAAGGAUACAAUUUAAUAGACGUCAAUCCGUCAAUAAUAAUAAUGAUAAGGUUUUGUAAAACCACCUGGUCGUUCUUAAUAACAGAAAAGUAAAUUAACGUAAAUUUAAAAUAUUAAAUUUCUGUAUGUAAAAUAUUUUACAUGAAAUGAAACCGGUUAAAAACGAUAAAUAUAUCAAAUCUUUAAAAGUACCAUUAAUUGACGAGGCAAUUUAAAUUCAUUUUUUAUCAAAAAUACGAAUGUAAGAUUUUUUUUCUAAGUUUUGUGUUUGAGAAAAUAAUUACCUCCAGGUGGUAUUAUACGAAUCCAAUCUGAGUAGACUCCAUCCAUCUAUUGGCAGUCAUAUAGGAUUACAUUUAAGUAAUCUUUACCGCACAAGUACUUAAUAUGUUAAAAUUGCUUAUUGUUAUCUUUUUUUUUUUCAUAUAUUUUAUCCGUUAGUAACACGUCUUACAUAUAUAUUUUUAUAUUAAGAUCCCUGAUGUCAAGUGGUGCUCCGAAAUUCAGGGUUGACAGGGUUUCGAGGUAUUUUUGUAUAAACUAAAUUAUACAUCCUAGAUAGGUCGUAUCCAUUCCUUUAUACGGUAAGACAGAGUAGGCUUUAUAAGGUCGAUAUGAAUACACACUCGACAAAAUGCGAACUGCGUAAGAUUGCGACAGGAGUUAGGUAUUUUUGUAUAUGUUCCUAAACCGAGUUAUAGAUUAAACUAACCUUAGUUAGGGCUGUCUAAAAAAUUACAUUUCUUGUUUCGUGAAAUAAAAGCUUUCUAUUGACGCGCGAUUUGUGACAAAAGUUUGUUUUUUCUACCUCAUAUUGUACUUUUCGUCUUCCACUUUCUUUUUAUUUUAUUGUGUUUCUGUAAGUACUUUAUCCAAUGAUUCCAUCCAAACAUUUCAACUAACUCUAUGUAUUCUAUCUCCGAGAAAUGACUAAUGAAAGAAGUAUUAAACUCCAUCUACAGAAUUUUUAGACAGCUCUAAUUCGUCAUACAGCGGUAAAAAUAAUUUUAUUUGAAUCUCCCUUUUGAUCUCAUGAAGCGUGGUUUACGAUUUGGUGCUUGGGUAGAUGAUAAGUGAAACUUUUGGGGUCAAAGUAUUAUAGGAUGAUCAAAUUAAAUGUUAAAUAACACAACCCGAGGUUAGACUUGGAUGAAAGCUCAAAAUUCAUGCUAAUAUUAUUACUAGACUAAAUUAUUUUAUGACCCCUGACAAAACAAAAAUAGUUUCCUAAUGACAUACCUAGUCUUAGCAUUUAUAAAAGUGCAUUUAUUGCUACAUUAUUAACAUAACCUCACGUAAAACUGAAUAUACACUACAUUCGUUGCCAAAAUAUAAGAUAAAAAAACGCCGUGAAUUUAUAAAAACGUAUUUUUGGAAGGAUUUAAAAGAUUUGGCUGUGAUUUGGAAGUAAACCGAUGGUGAAGGCGUCAAUAUUUAGGCUGCGAUUUUAAACCGACAUACUGUAUUAACAUUAUCGAUCUCUCAAAAUAAACUCACAAAAUUUUUUAGUUACGUGUGACAGACUUUUUUAGUAUAUUUUAUUAUGAAGAUAGUUUUUGUUUAAAUAUUUUUUUGUGCAAGGUCAGCAAAUACAGAAGACGGUUUAUUUUGAAAUAUCGAUUCAAAUAAAGUGAUUGUUACUUCUUAACAAACCAUAGUUAUGUGUCUAUUUAGAGUUAAUUGUUAAGUAUAAAUUAAACUGUGAAUUAGUAAAUCGUUCAUUUAAGCAGAGGAUAGUUUUUUUGACAAGAUUUUUUACUGAUUUAACGUUUUUACUAAUUCACAACGUAUGUAAGGUCUUAUUAUAAUCUCAGUGUGUAAGUGUUGUAAUUAGUCUCUAAUAUAGAUGUGGUUGUAUGCAAAAACUCCGCCCAAUUAGUUUUCAUUCGGAUUUCAAAGAAUUCACAAUAAUAAAUAUAUUCAGAGUAUUCCGAUAUUUUGUUUUACAGUUCGUUGUUAAAAAGUUUAAAAAAUAUUAAAAAAAAGUGUAGUGUGAUAAAUGUCUAAAUGAAUAAAGUCAGUUUCGAUGUCUCAGUAUUAGUGUUAAAAUUAUUAGGAGUUAGAAUUUAUGUUAGGUGUUAAUUAAUGUUAAUUUUUGUGUAAGAAUACCGAAAGUAUGAAAGUGAAAUAGUCGUAGAUGUGCCAAUUACUUAGUUGGCGACUGCCAUUAAGAACAAAAUGAUUGUCCAUAUCGAGAAAACAGUGACGCGGUAAUUGUAUGAUUACAAAAUUUUGUUGUGAAUAUAGCGUAGUUGUGCUAACAUAAGUAUACGAUGUGGUUAUACAGAGCUCAAAGCUGCAAGUUAUUCCGCCUCUGGAAUAUCGUAUUUUUUCCAAAUUCCCUUGAAUAAAGUUUACUGAUUUUUUA